UGACGAUAGCAACGAUCAUGCCUGUGUUAAAGCUGUUGUCUGAUGUGCUCUCCAGUUGGAAUUGCUCACACCUGCUGCCUACAUAGUUGUUAUUGCAUCUGCAAGGGAAAGUGAUCUCAUUGGUCCAUGCAAUGUGAGUAACAAUAACAGAUCUUGCUCAUUAAGGUAAACAAACUUGAUAUACAAUGCCGCUAGAAAGUGUGUGAACCCUUUACAAUGUCCUGUAUUUCUGCUGAAAUGUGAUCAGACCUACAUCUAUGUCUUAAAACUUAUAGAGAACUCAAUUAAACAAAUGAUGCAGAGAUGUUUUUACAUUUAUUUAUUAAGCAAAAUUGUGAUGAAAUUUAUGAGUUCAUUUAUAGGGGUAAUUGAAGUCAGGUGUUUCAGUCAAGGGGAUGACAAUCAGCCGUGAGUUUAGCAGGCCCUCCCAUGUUUCAAGAACAUAAGCUUGGGUCUUCACUAUCAAAGUCUGGCUUCACCACACAGGUUUAAGGAAGUGUGCUGUGCUUUGAUCAAAGGAGAUUCCUGAGGUUCUCAAAAAUAGAGUUAUCAUGCCUCGGAUCAAGGACAGCUUGCCAUUAUUGAUGGACCUAUGAAUUCUGAAUUGUACCAGCAAAUUCUACAGGAGAAUGUCAGGGUAUCUGUUCGUGAACUGAAGUUUAACCGUAAGUCUGUCAUUCAGCAAGACAACGACCCUAAGCACACAAGUAAAUCUACAAAGAAAUGGUUAAAGCAGAAGAAAUUUCACAUUUUGGAAUGGCCAAGUUAAAGUACAGACCUAAACCCAGUAGAAAUAUUGUGGAAUUACCUAAAAAGAGCAGUUUAUGCAAGGAAGCCCACCAACUUCACUGAGUUGAAGCAGUUUUGUAAGGAGGAAUGGGCCAAAACUGUUUGAAAAUGUUUGGUUGAAAUGUUUGGUUGAAGUUAUUGCUGCUCAAGUGGGUUACACAAGUUACUGAAUACAUAGGUUCACAUACUUUUUCCAAGAAAGAUAUUUUGUGUAAUUGGGUCCACUUUAAAUAGUUUUAGGACUUAGAUGAAGAUCUCAUCACAUUUCUGGUUUGCAGAAAUACAGAAAAUGGUAAAGGGUUCACAAACUUUCUAGCAGCACUGUAGAUGUAUGUUACAUGUGAUAUAAUUUAUGUGUAUGUGUGAACAUACGUGUAUAUAAAGUCUUCUGUAUGUGAAGAACAGUGGACUAUAUACACAUACAUAGAAAAUAACUUUGUGUGAUAACUAAUUAGAUGAUGAGAUGAUUAGUAAUUAUGUUAAGUUGUUCCAGAAAAAAAAUGCAGAUUCUGUGGGGUGAAACUAAAACAUUUUGAAACCCUGUUUAAUCACCAAGCUCAACAUUAUUCUUUGUAACCAUAUGUUUGCAGCUAUUACUGAGGGAAAAAAAGCAAACAGUGCUUACAUAUACACUAAGGGUUUUCAACCUUUUUUGACCAGUCACCCUAUAUUAAGUCCCCAAAAUUCUCAUGAUCCCACACCCCCAUCAUUUUUGUGAAGCCUUAAAUGAUAGGUAUUUGAAUAUUCUAGGUGCAUUUCUGUAAAAUAAACAUAGUUAGGCAACUUUCUUAUUUAAAUAUUAAGUUGAUCACACACAUUCACCCUCAGACAAUUAAUCUGAGUCAGUCCACCUACUGGCAGGUGGACUGGUAACCAGUCGGUAGGUGGAAGGAAACCGGAGAACCCGGAGGAAACCCAUGUGGACAAUUCGAGAACAUGCACAGGAACUCCAUGCAGACAGUAACCUGAGAACACGAUCAAACCAAGGAGCCUGGAGCUGUUCAUGGGGAGCCUGGAGUCUAUCCCAGGGGACAUGGAGCCCAAGGCGGGGGGCAACCUGGAUGGGGUGCCGGCCUAUCGCAGGGCACAAUCACACACACACACACACACACACACUCUCUCUCUCUCUCUCUCUCUCUCUCUCUCUCUCUCUCUCUCUCUCUCUCUUGCAAUUUGUUUUUUAAUGACUGCAGAUUUUCUGCAGAUUUGGAAUAAGAAGCAGCAUGUGAUGUUAUCACAAUGCGCAUUCAGCAAAAGCCCUCUUCAAUUCAGGUGCAUCAAACAUGAGUACAGCUAAAAGGUCUCAUUUAGCUACCAACAAACAUCACUGCAAAUUCAAGUAGUUUUCCCACAAAAAGAGCACAAAAUCAUAAUCAAGCAUUUUUGGCUGCAAAACUCCUGUGCAAAAUCCUGUACGGACGUUCAGUAUGAGCAUAUUGUAAAUCAUAGUCCUGGAUGAGCACAGGAUAGUCAUUAUCAUUACAGCAGCAGUUCUUAGGUACAAGUCUACAGUAUCCAGACAAGAGUGUCCACUGAAUCAAGGGUGAGUAGUGGGCAAAAACAGGUUUCGGGAAAUAUUUAGGGUAUCCAUGUGGGACCGUCCAGAGCAGCAGAAGGUGAGUCACAUGUUCAGAAAGUAGAGCAUUAGUAUGAAUCAGACAAGUCCAAAGAGUGUGAGAGGACACACAGCAGUAGAAACGUGUCAGGAUCAGGCACAGUUUAGAAAAGCAUCAACUCAGACACAGAGAAACUACAGAUUAUGGUAUGUCUAAUCUACACUGGUUUAAGAGGAGGCAAGUGGGGACUAUUUAAAAAAUUAAGCCUUUCCCGCCAAAUCACCAUGGCAACGUUGGCAUGACGUUUACCGACUAUCACCCGUUGAGUUCUGCAUUAAUGUUCUUUAUUUUUCAUGUAGAACAUGUGGAAGUUAAAUUACACACACACACACACACACACACGUUAGCCGUUUAUAAAUAAUUGCAGAAGCAUUUAUUUGCGUGAUGUCAGUUGAAUCACGACCUCUUUUAUCCGUGAUUGUGAUUGAAUGACAAACGUUUACACCAAUUGGCAUAGAGAAGUGGCUGUCAUCAUGGUUUUUCUCCACUAGGCGAAGGAGGGGAAACGUCUGUAGAUACGCAGCUCGACUACUCACAUUUCAAUGAGCUGAACCGUAUUUUGAAGGACUCGAGCUCACUGACAAACGCACGUUUAACUAAACUGCUCGACACUCCAGCAUGCAGUGAUGGCUGCGUGUUUACCAGGCGCACUCGUAAUCCAGCGGACAGCUGUUGGUUAUUUCUGAGCAGCUGGACUCUGGGUUUUAAUGCUCGGUUGGACACGCGGAGUCCCCAGAGUGAUUGUCGGGGAAGCCCUCAUCCCUCAUCCUCACACUGAGCCGAGCAGGCACACAAUGCCCUCCUCCUCCACCCCCUCCUCCUCCGCGCUCACGGAUUCUGCUGAUGCUGAUCCUCUCCGUUUACUCGCCAGCGGACUGCUCACAGCAUCUCGGUGAACGAUGAUCGCAUUACAGAUCGGGCUCGGUAGUCUUACCCUUUUUUUCUUCGGAGGUGCAGAAGAAGCAGAAUCAGAGCGGAUGCUUGGCAAGGAUAACAGUCGCAGCCUACACACAGAAAGCUCUGAGCACCGAGCAUCGGCUAGGCAUACAUCUCUAUCAUCCUCCUCCUCCUCCUCCUCCUCAAUAUCAUCAUCAGUAUUACUAGAGCAAGAGAGACACGACUGAACUUCCGAUGAUGUAUUUAACAAAAAGGUUUGGUAUGCGUGUGGUCAUCCCCAUCUGGAACAACUAGGAUCUUCAAUUUAGGAGAAGUUUUUUAUUUUAUUUUUUUAUUAUUAUUAUUAUUAUUAUUAAUUUAUUUGUUUAUUUUAUUUUUGUGGGGAGGAAGUCUGGUCCCUGUCCACUGCAGUCUUCAUCAUGAGCCACCCACAGCCAUCUCAGCCGUCCGCAGCACCUGACCUGGAAGUGAUCUCCCAGCAGGUGGAGGAUGAAGGCCAGUGCAUGGCUCCAGUGCAACUGGUCAGCUUUGCUUACCGAGAUCUCCCUCUGGCCGCACUCGACAUCUCACUGGCUGGCUCUCAGCUUAUCUCCAACCUGGAUGAAGAGGAGAAUAGAGAAGGGUCUAACUGGCUAAAGCCAUGUUGUGGGAGGAGGGCAGCUCUUUGGCAGGUGUGUUUGCUGAGUGCAGGUUUUAACUGUUUGCUGGUGGCUUGUGUUAUUCUGGUGGUGGUGCUGCUGACUCUGGAGCUGCUCAUCGACACCCGGCUUCUACAGUUUACCAACGCGUCCCAGUUUGCUGGUAUUAUUCACUGGAUCAGCCUGGUCAUUCUCUCCAUUUUCUUCACUGAGACUGUCUUCAGGAUUGUGGUGCUGGGGAUAUGGGAUUACAUAGAGAACAAAGUUGAGGUGUUUGAUGGUGCUGUGAUCGUGCUCUCUUUGGCCCCAAUGGUUGCCUCCACCGUUGCUAAUGGACCCAGCAGCCCCUGGGAUGCCAUUAGCCUCAUCAUCACCCUUCGCAUAUGGAGGGUCAAGAGAAUUAUUGAUGCGUACGUGCUGCAGGUGAAGGUGGAGAUGGAGAUGGAGCUUCAGCAGUAUGAGAAGGCUAAAGCCGUGCGGGAGGAGCAGCUAGAGAGGCUCACACAGAUCUGUCAAGAGCAGGCGUUUGAGAUCAGGCAGUUGCGGGCUCACCUAGCUCAGCAGGACCUGGAUCUAGUUGCAGAGCGAGAGGCUGCUAUGCAGAUCCACCAUGUAUGGGGAAAGCAGAGCAGCAGCUUUCAGGAAGUGGAUGGACUCAGACCUGCAGCCUCCGACAAUGAGGGCAGAGGCAAGAGGAGAGAGCCAGGAGCUCCUACAGAAAAUAUCACUCAAGAUGACAUGAACAAUUACAUCAGCCAGUAUUACAGCGAGCCAAGUAGUGAUAUUGGGAUGCCAGAGCCAGGUGCACGCAUUAUAACGACUGCAGCCAUAGAUGUGCACCUGCCCACUAACCCAUGCCAGUUGCCUCCAUCUCUGGUGAGCACUGAAGGACCAGGCAGCUCAGUGAGUGAGGCUCCCAGCAGCACAGUGUCCCGCUCCAGCUGCAGCUUCUCAGCACGUCAGCACAGCGUCAGCAGCCAUACAUUGGCCUCCAGUAGCGAGUGCAGCUCCACCGUACGUGAGGCCUCCACCUCUGACUACAGCGCCCAGCACUGCUGCCCACCGCCUUACUGCAGCCCACUGACGCUAGGCACACAGGGAGGAGGGCACAACCCCAGCGCUGUGGUCCAGGAGCUUCUCUCAUCCCUGUCUGAAGAUUCGUGUCUGGCCCAGAAGGGCAGAGUGAACCCCCUUAACCUGAAGCUCCCCAGUCCAGCUGGCUCAGCUAAGGCCAGCCCCGAGCUGGAGCACAGGGUCAAAAUUUACAAUAAGAGGAACCAAGAGAGUCUGGCUGUGUUCCAAACCAAGCCGUUGAUCCACCUGCAGGGAAAUGAGCCACUGCUAGACGAGAAGUACAGACUCAUGGGGCCUGCAGAUGCUCCGAUGACUCACAUGCCGGAUACGUAGGGUAUGGAGUGCAGCGGCAUGGCCACCAUCACCAGCUGAAGCAGCUUCCCUCUCUCUUUCUCUCUCUCUCUCUCUCUCUCAGCCAGCACUGUUCACGCUGACUCCCAGGCUUCUUGCUCUCUAGAAGUGCACACUGAGCGACACACUAAAGGACUUUGCUCUCAGUUGCCUUCUCCAGAGGGGUUUCCCAACUUCAUGGUGAGGAAUUGUUGGCACAUGUCCUCCCCUUUCUAUUGAACUCAGCAAAACACUUAAACAGUGUGUGUGUGUCCCUCCUGCCAAAAUUGCACAACCUUCCAGAGCCCAGGGAGAGGCACUUUGGGAGCCAUCACUGGAACAUUCAUCAGGAAUUUCCUACUUCAACGUUCGUCCGUGUUCGGUGACCGUCUGAAACCAGCAAUGGGAUACAAAUGCACUCGAGCUUUCAGACAGGCACGUAGUAUAGAAAUGAGGCGGGAAUACUUGUGAUUCUUUGUGCUCUUAUUUCAGGGUUUGGUUUAGGUGAUGGGUCAACGAGGUAACUGUUUUUAUUCGUUUUAUUUAUAUGAAUAAUAACACAAUGUACAGUACAGGCCUACUGAUCCGACUGCUGCAGGGUUACAUUUGAUCUGUGUUCAAAUGUGUCGAGCUGUGUUACUCAGCCAAAUUUCUUACCUUCGCCUUUCUUACUGAUGCUAACGUUUGUAUUCAAAAUUCUAUGACUGGAACAAAGCACGCAACUCAAGUAUUUUUAAAAACCUGCUUAGAUUUAAUUUGAUGGGGGGAAAAAAAUUCAGGAAUAUAAUUUUAGUAGGUUUUUAUGAGGAAUGAUGGGUAAGAAUGUUGUCUUAAGCCCUAACAUUAACCCCAUCCUUAUAGCAUGAGCCUUUGAGAAUAAAAUUUCUGCUUUUUGAUUGAGGCUGACUAAUCCUGUAUUGUUGAUUAAGGCAUUUUAUAUAACUGAUAAUGGGAGAAAUUGUAAAGCAAAUAAAAAUUGGUAAAUUCAUUGAAUCUGGUGGUUUUCUGCAUUUGUUUAAGCGUGGUCAUGUGGAGUAUAUAAAUAUUACAGCUAUUCUGGAAAGUGUAAACAGAGAAAAGAAGAGCAGACUGUGACUAACUGUUUUGCGAAACAGAUUUUUUUUUUUAUUAUUUAAAUGAUUUAUUACAAACUGUAAGUCCAGACCAGACAACUAAAUGUGAAAUUAGCUUACUUUGUCUAAGUGCACUGAAAUGAAAGAGCAUGUCCAUUAAUGAAAGCAAUUGAAACCUGCUUUAAAAUUAUGUAUCACGUUUUUCUUUCAUGAAGCGGCCUUUAAAUAAAAAUCAAACUAAAAAUGGA